AUAAGAUCACGGACCACAUUUUUCUGUGUCUUGUGUCGAGUCAGUGUUUAGUAAAUAAUUUUUGAUAGAUUUGAUGAAAGAUGUUAUCCCCGGGUCAAUUGAGUGUUCUUCAUAAAUUCAAGGGGAUCCUCUUUUCCACUGCAUCUUCAAGAGAACUUCUUGAUUCCUUGGAUUCUUUUGAUGCAAGAGAAGAUGAUGUGUUUCUGGUUUCCUACCCCAAAUCUGGCACUCACUGGGUUGCAGAAGUCAUUGAGAACAUUCCCAAUGCAAAAAUAACUAUAACAUCUCCUAUUGAAUUGGGAGACAUUUCUAAAUUUGACGAGCUAAAAACAUAUUCUAAGAGAAGAGUCAUUCCUACCCAUUUGAGCUAUGACAUGCUGCCGGUGGAUAUUAAACAAAAGCAAUGCAAGGUUAUCUACAUCAUUAGAAAUCCAAAAGAUACAGCUGUCUCACUCUUCCACUACUACAGAGAUAACCCCAAUCUCCCUUACAUUGAAACAUGGGCUGCAUUUUUGGAGCUGUUCCUCAGAGGAGAUGUUGUGUAUGGAUCCUGGUUUGAUCAUGUUUUAAGCUGGGAAGAGCACAAAAAUGAUAAUGUUCUAAUUAUAUUCUAUGAAGAAAUGAAGAAAGAUUUUUUUAAAAGUUUAAAGAAAAUAACUACUUUCCUUGGUAUGCAUGUGAAUGACAGUGAAAUUAAUAACAUUGCUUGGAAAACAUCCUUCAGUGAAAUGAAAAAUAAUACAGUCAAAGAAAGCCAUGAUCCAAAUCAUACCAUCUGUGCCCUCACAUCUGAGAGGAACCUGGUAUUUAGAAAAGGAGUGGUGGGUGAUUGGAUAAACUACUUUACUUCAAAGCAGAAGAGAGUAUUUGAUGAACUAUUCACAGAGAAAAUGAAACACAGUGAACUGGCAAGACGCUUGAAGGAGUACUCUUAGUACAAAUGGGAAAUGAAACCAAUUUCCAUUUUAUGCAGUGCUGAGCUUGGGGAAUGUGUAAAUAUUUUUCACCAAUGUAGAAAGCCAAUAUUUCUUUCAGUGAGGAACAUAUACUUCAUGAAUGUGUCAAAAGUGCCCUGUGUGAGAGACUGUUAUUAUAUUCGGUGAUAGCAGGGAAUUAUUAGUAAAAGGAAGUAUAACAUUUUUGAAUGGCUGAAUUAUAUACCUAUUUCCAGGAUAUUCAGUAAGGCAAGGAAUUACUUCUAUUCAGAGAGAGCAUAUUACUGUGGUGUUCUACAAGCUGCAGUAAUGUACAACAAAAGAGGCGAGGGAUUAUCUAAAAUAACAGAUGUCUGAGAAGAAUUUAUUUUCUGCCUAUUUGGACAAUCAUGACCAACACUUUUAUUUCGACAUUCUCUGGUGUCUGUGUAGAAAUAUUCUCCAAUGUCAUAAUCAUGACAAACAUAAUCUUACUAAGGUAGAAUCUCCUAAUACUUGAGCAUAAUCAAAUGACCACAUUCCAAUAUAUUGGGAAAAAUAAAGAAUGAAGAGAUAACACUUUCACAUUAAUACUGGCUUAGUAUUUUCUUUAUCUUGAUUCAGUUAGUUUACAAAAUUUCUUAUUUUCCAGUUUUUAAAAGUGUAAUUUUCCUUGAAUGUUUAGGAUUCUUUGUAGUAUUUUGAAUAUGUAUGCUUUCAUUCUGAAUCAUUUUUAACAUUAAUUCAAUCUGUAUAAUUCUCUCUAUCCUAUAACGAGUAUUAUUCUAUAGGUUUAGUCCAGAGGACAUUAUAAUGGAAUUUCAGUGAACUUAUUUUAAGAUUAUUUAUCACCUACAUGACAACAUAUAAAUUAUAUCGUGUUGUUUAUAUCUGUCAAAAUAUCUAACUCACAGCUUAAUGGCAAAUAAAAGUGUAUAUUGUGUAUGACAUUGAGCUUUGAACUCAAAGGAAUGAGUUGACUUAAUUUAACCAUCAUUUGAUUCUGUAUCUUAGUGUAUUGUAAACCUACAUAAAUCAUCAGUCACAAAUCUGUUGGAGUCUUUUGUGUCAAGUUUAUUUUGUAAGAAAUUAAAUCUUCAUAAACCUUCUAUAUACACAUUUGUUACAAAUAAAAUGUAUUUUCUUUUUA